AUGUAUUCUGGCUCAUCUUGUUGUGCUGAAGUUAAAUCAUUAAUUCCUGCCACGUUAUACUGCUUUCAAGUACAAGCAAUUAAUUCUGCCGGGGCUGGUCCAUUCUGUGAAUGUGUUUCCUGUCAGACUCCACCUUCAUCUCCUGGUCCAGUAUCUACUGCGAGUAUCAAGAGUGUCAUUGGAUCAUCAAGUAUUUCUCUAUCAUGGAAGGAACCAAACAAUCAUGGCUCAUCGAUUCUGAGCUACAUUAUUGAAAUAGGAGAUGCAACGCAUACGACAGACGGAGAAAAUCCCGAAAUUUGUAUUGAAGGCUUAGUUCCCGAAACAACAUACAAAUUAAGGAUUCAAGCCAUAAAUAGUGUUGGUCCCGGGCCUUUCAGUUCCUCAAUAAAGAUAGUUACUAGGGGCCUCCCUCCUCUGCCUCCUAUUUUAGAAUGCUGUGGCUAUUCAUAUAAUAGCCUACGUCUAAAAUGGGGUGAUGGCAAGAACCUUGACAUGAAAACUUAUACUUUAGAACUUGAAAAUAAGCAGGCUAAUAAGUUCAUGCCAGUAUACCAAGGGACUUCUAGUUCAUACAAAGUGUCGAAACUUCAGGAACUGACUUCGUACAAUUUUCGUAUUUAUGCAUCCAACGAAGAAGGUGAUGGGCCUUAUUCAGAUGUUUACACUUUUUCAACUCAACGAGCUCUUCCCCCUGCUCUCAAAGCACCUAAAGUUUCUAGUAUAUCUGAAACUUCAUGUGUUGUGGAGUGGAUGGCUGCCAAACCAAUUGGGGAAGAUAUGCUUUCAUAUAAGCUUCAACUUGGUACAAAAGAGUCAGACUUUUCUGUGUUUUACACCGGAAUUCAGACUUGCUGCACCAUGCACAAUUUGAAACCUGGAUCCGAGUUCUCCGUUCGUGUUGCGGCUGUUAGGCAUUGUAGUGAUGGUGAACUUCCUGGUCCAUUCAGUCCUUGUACAGUUUUUUGCACAAACUCAUUGAGUGUUUCCGAAGCUACCCCUCCCAAAAUAUUUUCCAUUGCUUGCUGUCUAAAAAACAGAGAACCUUUAACCGAUCAACAGUGGGCCAUGAUCAUUUUGUGUGGAUUUACGUUUUUCGCUAUCUGUGUUGCCAUGAUAAUUCAGCAAGUCCUUUCUUACACUACUUCUUAGCGCUGCCCGUAAUUUACAUUCCAAUUUUUUCCAAUAUUGUCUCUUUGGAUAUGUAUUUUUGAAAGAAAAAAAAAAUAGAAUCUUAACAUAUUUGUACAUAGAAAUGUAUGCGUGUAUAUGAUUUUCAUUAUUAUGUGGCAUAAAAAAUAAAUAAAAAGGAAUUAUUUUCAUGACUGAAGUGAGCUUGAAUUGAUCUGGAAUGUAUGCAAACAUUUUUUGAACAGAAAACUGCUUGGUUAAAUUAAUCAAGAAAAUAUUUUUAUAGGAUGUUCAUUCUUUUAUAUACAUAUAUAUAUGAUAUAUAUAUUCUAUGUAUACACAUUCCUAUUUCCAUCUACCUCUCAUUUCUUUAUAAUUUAAUCCACAUUUUUAGAAAGAGAGGUUGUCUUAGUCUUAAUGUGCAAUGUAUUGUCCUUGAAAUCAAUAUUAUGGUGCUGUAUCCAAGUGUAUAGUGUUGCUUCCAUUUCUGAAUGUGCAUGCCAAUGUAAUGGUGCUGGUCCUCACUGGAAAAUUGGUCUGGUUACUGGAAUUGUCUCUGAAACAUAUAAGUUCUGUUUCGGUUUUCUUAUUGUUUUUCGUUAUUCAUAAACUUUUGAAGUUUCCUAGCUAGAGUGAAAUACUUGUAAAAUCAAUGUGAUAAUAAAUACCAGCUACUUGAUCUAAUUUUUAAAUGCAAACUUAAAUGUUUAUCAAGUGUUCAAAUUAUGAAGAAAAUUUUUCAUGUACAAGUGAUUAUAAUACAAAUUUAAAUGCUAAUUAUUUUUAUAUGUCCCUAUGUAAAAUAUAAGAUGUUGAAUUUUUCGUCGUUUUCCCCCCCUUUAUUGCCAAUAUUUUUAUCAUUUAAUUAAAACAAACUUAGCAUUUUUUCAGAUUCUUUUAUGAUUUUUUUUUUGAUAUAUUAACACUAAAUUUUUUUUAAUUGAUUGUUUUUUUAAUCAUAUUUUAUUUUUUUCUGAAUAUUAUGCAUCUCAUUUUACCUUAAAUAUUUACUUUUGAUUUUUUAAAAAUAUUCUUCAAAAUUUUCUUUUUAAUGUUUUGUUAAUUACUAAUUACAGGAAUAGGCAGAUAUCGAAUAGGAUACACAUGCACAUAUUAUAUUUAUACACUGUGUUCCAAUAACCUAUCUCUUAUAAUUGUUAUAAUUUUUCUUCCAUUCAUAUAUUUUUUAAAUUUUAAAAAUAUAUAUUAUAGCUUACAAUUAAAGUAAAAAUAAUUCCUUGUAUAUGUUUUCCUAAACAAUCUCCAAAUUAUUAAAAUAAAAACAUGUCUCUAAUACUUUAUCAAGCAAUUUAGAAAUUAAUUCGAAAUAUUUUUGUUCCUUACUUUCUCAUUUAAUUUUUUACAAAAACAUAAAAUUUCAUUUAUGCAUAGAAAUUUAAAAAAGAAAUAACGCUUUUCCCCAGUUAUGUUUCUACAAUACAUUUCUAUUUUGUUGCAUGUGUAUAAAUUAUUUCAUCUUUUUUACUAUCCAAAGCUUUCAGAACUUAAAGCAUGUAUCAAAUUAUAUUAUGAUUUCAAGUUGCUUUUAGAUCGAAUUUUAUUUACUAAAUGCAGUUUUGAUCGAAUGAACAAAAGAUUUGUGCUAAACAUUUUCAAUGUUCAAACUAUGUAAAAAGAAAAAAAAAUUAAACCUACCCAAAGAACAAAUUUAUUGAGUUAUGCAAAGCAUAUGCAGCACUAAAACAUGUGAAAAAAAUGGUAGUUACUAAGGACCAUGAAUUGCAACAUCUCAUAAUUUCGUAAACAAUUUUUAUCUCAAAAUUAAUAAAUCAAAUUAAAAACUUGAAAUUCAAAGGUUUUUAACACAAGUGUUGAAUGCACAAGCUCAUGACACUCAUAUUUUUUCUGUUCAUUUCUGUGACUUAGUACUUAGUUUAUUAAAAUUAAAGAGAUAGCUAAAUUCUUCUAUAUCAAUCUUUUUAAUCAUACAUUUUGCCUCAUUAAUAUUUCUUCCUGUCUUAGAGGAUGUUUUAUCCCCCCAAAGUAUAUAUAAAACAUUUAUUUUGAAUCUACUCAGUUGCACAAUGCUGUACAUUCUGAUGUUAUGAAAGAUUGUUUUGAAAAUAUUUUUCAAUCUAAUUCGCAAAUAUUGUCAUUUUGAUUUUGCCUAGUUCUGUUUAUUUGUAUGUAUCAGCUAUAGUCAAGAUUUAAAAUAUUAGUUUAUUUUAUCUAAAUCUUCCCAUUUUGUAAGUUAAUUAAAAUCAAUUUGUAUUUGAAUACUUUUUAAAUGCAUAUUAAGUCUUCUAGUUUUCUUUAAAAUAUCCUAACCAUUUUCUCCUGUUUUUUAAGUACUAUCUUUUAAAUUUCUCUUUGCUUUGAGGGUAUUUCCAUGCUUAAUUUCUAACUAAAAAAGAGCAAGAUCUCGAUAGUCCUGAAAACUUAAUCUCAAGGCUUAAGUCGCCUGAAUUCCGCCUUAUACGCAAACAUUCUCAUAGGAUAGAAAAGAAGUACUGAAGUUGAGCUUCUGUCCGCUCCCUUCAAAUUAAGCCUUUUUCCAUUUAAUAAAAUAUUCAAUGAUUUGAAAAGUGCUAAAACUUUUACGUUCUUGUAAAAUUCUACACUAUUUGAAUUUUUAAUUGAUAUGAUAAAACUUGUACAUUGGUUUGAGCAAUAUAGGUUAAAAUGAUCAUUUGAGGGUGCAAGAGUCGAUCAUAUGUCACAGUUAAUUUAUCACUUUUUCGUUUGUAAGUGUUGCUAUUUCUUAUAUCCUUGAUGAACUUGUCUAAAAGCCUUCUUUGCAUAUAUGUUUUAGUGGCUUUAAUUGCCAUUUUGUUUUCUUCCAUUGUUGAUGAUUAAUUUUAAAGAAAUAACUUUAUUUUGAAUCAUGUAGCAACAAAAGUUUUUUUAAUUUCUACCCAAAAAAAAAAAAAAAACUUUUGUUCAUAUAAUGUAUGAAAAAAAUAUCUACCAUAGUUAUCUUAAUACUUAGUAUUAUAAUUAAUAUAAUGAUAUAAUAUUUCUUAUUAAACUCCUAGUUUUGUCACUUAUUUUGAUGCGUCACACUUUUACAAAAUAUUAAAAGUGAAAAAAAAAAAAAAAAAAAACUUUGAAUUCGAAACUCGAAAGUGAAAUUUUGAGUUGCAAAGAAAAUCAUGCCCAUAUUUAGACAAACAAAAUAUAUGAAUAAAGCAAAUAUAUUUUUCUUUAUUUUGAAUUUACUAUAGAAUAAGUUACAGGU